AUGAAUGUUUGGUUACUUGGGAUUUUUAUUGUAGCGGUUUACGCUAAACACGAGGAAUAUGAAGGGUGGACCUCUUACUACGUGGUACCAUAUGACUACGAUGAGUUAGAAGUCUUUAACGUGGUAGUCCAAAAAUAUGACCUCGAUGUAUAUGGCUAUCCGGCUAUCAAGAGGGAAGGGCUGGUGUUGGUGGACCCAGCCAAUCAGAAGAACUUCACCAAUGCCAUGGAAGAACUGGGGAUUAGGUACCGGGUACACACGAAAAAUAUGAAAACGCACCUAGAUCUUGAAGAUGAAAUGUUCAAAGAUAAAGUAUCAGCGAGCCCAAGCAGAAUUGGCGGCAGACUACCAUACAAUCAGUAUCAAACAGUUCAAGCGAUCCACAAAUACAUGGAUGACAUAGCAGCCGCACACCCGAACGUAGCAAGAGUAGUCACCCCCACAACUUCCUUCCACGGCCUCCCCAUGAAAUACAUGAGAAUUUCUACUACCAACUUCCAAGACACCCGCAAACCCAUCAUCUUCUUGGAUGGUGGUAUGCAUGGAAGGGAGUGGCUGUCCAUACCCCCAGUCACAUACGCUAUAAACCAGUUGGUGGAAAAUGUGACUGAUCCAGAUCUCUUGAACAGAUUUGACUGGAUCCUGCUGCCGAUUGUGAACCCUGAUGGAUAUAGGUUCUCGAGGGAAGGUAGUGUCACAUGGAGAAAAACUCGGUCGAUUGACCCUGACAAUCAAUGGACCAGAAUGUGCCCUGGAGCUGACAUCGACCGUAACUUCGACUUCGUAUGGCACACCAUUGGUACCAGUGACAACCCGUGCUCCUACGUAUACCCUGGCGCGUAUCCAUUUUCAGAGGUUGAAGCAAGAGUUGUAAGAGACAUACUACUUGAACAUAGAAGGAUUUUGAUGUAUAUUUCAUUCAGCAGCUUUGGAAGCUUUAUUAUGUACCCUUGGGCUUUUGAUGGUUCGUUAUCUGAUCAUGCUUUAAGACAGCAUUCUGUGGGGAUCAGUAUGGCAGAUGCUAUCAAUUCAGCCAAGCACCCCAGUUUUCUAUCAUACCGAGUUGGUAAUGCUGGUUUGAUCCGUGGUUCGGGAAUGGCUGGGACUUCUAUAGAUUACGCUCACAGUAUUGGGGUCCCACUGGCCUAUACUAUCGAUUUGCCGGGUGUCUUCGGUGGUUACUGGAUGGACCCGAUCUGGAUUGAGCAAGUCGUUAUCGAAACUUGGGAAGGUGUUAAAGCCGGAGUAAGGAGAGCUAUGACAACGAAUUGAGGAGUGUUUAAAAAUAAACAAAUUUUGAUCAUUAAC